AUAAAAGGACAAAGAGUAAAAAAGCCAUCAGGCAGUCCCAACUUCUCUCUUUCUUCUGCAUAAAAUGAUAUCUGGUGCCUACUUUCUUCAAAAGCAGAAUAGCUUCUUGCCCUAAACAAGAAGCAAAAGAGAGAGAGAAAUUAAAAAGGAAAAUCAAAUUAUUCUGGUUUGGUUGCCAUAAUUGAUUUUUAGAUUAAAAAACAAAUAAUUGAUAAUAUAUUAGUGAUGGGGAGGGGAAGAGUGGAGCUGAGGAGGAUAGAGAACAAGAUAAACCGGCAGGUGACUUUUGCAAAGAGAAGAAAUGGACUGUUAAAGAAGGCUUAUGAGCUCUCAGUUUUGUGUGAAGCUGAGGUUGCUCUUAUCAUCUUCUCUAGCCGUGGUAAACUCUAUGAGUUCUCAAGCACUUCCAAUAUUGCCAGUACACUUGAGAGGUACGAAAGUUAUAGUUAUGGAUCUCUGGAAGCAAACCUGCCUAAUAACGACAUUGAGAGCAACUACCAGGAAUACUUACAGCUUAAAUCAAGAUUUGAGCAGUUAAAGCACUCCCAGAGACAACUUCUCGGUGAAGAUAUAGGAGACUUGGGAAUAUCAGACCUUGAACGGCUGGAGCGGCAACUGGACAAUUCAGUGAGGCAAAUCAGGUCACGCAAGGCCCAAUCUCAGCUUGAUCGGCUUUCUGAACUUCAAAGGAAGGAAGAAAUGUUAAUGGAAACCAACGAUGUCUUAAGGAAGAAGUUGGAAGACAUUGAUACAGCACUUAAAUCAUGGGAAGCUGGCGACCAAAGCUUCACCUACAGCAAUAGGACUACUCAGUUUGAGCCUUUUACCCAUCCUUUAAAUAACAAUAACACACUGCAGAUGGGGUGCAAUUCUGGUGGGGUUACGCAUGAGGGAACUGCGGCUACUUCAUCCCAAGAUGUGAAUGGACUCAUUCCAGAGUGGAUGCUGUGAGUCCCCUUGAAAAACCAACAAUUAUUUGUGAAAGCAAGUAAUAAUGCAAGAGAAUAAGUAGACUCUGUUGUAUGUCAACUCAGCUUCUUGUUAUUGAACAAUGGUUAUUGGCAGUUGUUGAAAAACCCUAUGUGAUAAAGGGUAAGCCAAUGCAAUUAUAUUCAGACUUGGAACAACCGAUUUGCUUCUUGUUCUUGCAGUCUACAUAUUUAUAUCUAUAGCUGCUGUUGCUUUCGAAAAAUAAAUCUUAAUGUUUAGUGGUUUUUGGAUUU